AUGAGUGCUAGUGAAGCAGGUGUUGCUGAGCAAGUUAAAAAGCUGUCUGUCAAGGAUAGUAGUAAUGAUGCUGUGAAGCCAAAUAAGAAAGAUAACAAAAAAUCCAAGCAACAGUCCUUGUACUUGGAUCCUGAACCAACUUUCAUUGAAGAAAGAACUGAAAUGUUCGACAGAUUACAAAAAGAAUACAAUGAUAAAGUUGCUUCUUUGCCACGUGUUCCAUUAAAGAUUGUCUUGAAGGAUGGAGCCGUUAAGGAGGCCACUUCUUGGGAAACCACUCCAAUGGAUAUUGCCAGGGGAAUUUCUAAAUCUUUGGCAGACAGAUUGUGUAUUUCUAAGGUUAAUGGACAAUUAUGGGAUUUAGAUAGACCAUUUGAAGGCGGGGCCGAUGAAGAAAUCAAAUUAGAACUAUUAGAUUUCGAAUCUGAGGAAGGUAAGAAGGUCUUCUGGCAUUCGUCUGCUCACGUCUUGGGUGAAUCUUGCGAGUGCCAUCUAGGUGCCCAUAUUUGUUUGGGUCCUCCAACUGAUGAUGGGUUCUUCUAUGAAAUGGCUGUUAGAGAUAGUAUGAAAGAUAUCUCUGAAUCUCCAGAAAGAACCGUCUCUCAAGCUGAUUUCCCAGGAUUGGAAGGCGUUGCCAAAAACGUUAUCAAGCAAAAGCAAAAAUUCGAAAGAUUGGUCAUGUCCAAGGAGGAUCUUUUGAAAAUGUUUCACUAUUCGAAAUAUAAGACUUAUUUGGUUCAAACCAAAGUUCCAGAUGGAGGUGCUACCACAGUUUAUCGUUGCGGUAAAUUGAUUGAUUUAUGUGUCGGCCCCCAUAUCCCACAUACUGGGCGUAUCAAAGCUUUCAAACUAUUAAAGAACUCUUCUUGUUAUUUCUUGGGUGAUGCCACAAAUGACUCUCUACAAAGAGUGUAUGGUAUCUCCUUCCCAGACAAAAAGUUAAUGGAUGCUCAUUUGAAGUUCUUGGCCGAAGCCUCCAUGAGAGAUCACAGAAAGAUUGGUAAAGAACAAGAAUUGUUCCUAUUCAAUGAAAUGUCUCCAGGUUCUUGUUUCUGGUUACCACAUGGUACUAGAAUUUACAAUACUUUGGUUGACUUGUUGAGAACUGAAUACCGUAAGAGAGGUUAUGAAGAAGUCAUCACGCCAAACAUGUACAACUCCAAGUUGUGGGAAACCUCGGGUCACUGGGCCAAUUACAAAGAAAACAUGUUUACUUUCGAAGUAGAGAAGGAAACUUUCGGUCUGAAACCAAUGAACUGUCCAGGUCAUUGUUUGAUGUUCAAGUCUAGAGAACGUUCUUAUAGAGAAUUGCCAUGGAGAGUUGCUGACUUCGGUGUUAUACACAGAAACGAAUUUUCUGGUGCUUUGUCUGGUUUGACUCGUGUCAGAAGAUUCCAACAAGAUGACGCUCAUAUCUUCUGUACUCAUGACCAAAUUGAAUCCGAAAUUGAAAACAUUUUCAACUUCCUGCAAUAUAUUUACGGUGUCUUUGGAUUUGAAUUCAAGAUGGAAUUGUCCACCAGACCAGAAAAGUAUGUCGGGAAGAUUGAAACCUGGGAUGCUGCUGAAUCAAAAUUAGAGUCUGCCCUAAAGAAAUGGGGUGGUAACUGGGAAAUCAAUGCCGGUGAUGGUGCUUUCUACGGUCCAAAGAUUGACAUUAUGAUCUCUGACGCUUUAAGAAGAUGGCAUCAGUGUGCCACCAUCCAAUUGGAUUUCCAAUUACCAAACAGGUUCGAAUUAGAAUUCAAAUCUAAAGAUCAAGAUAGUGAGAGUUACGAAAGACCAGUUAUGAUUCAUCGUGCCAUUUUAGGGUCUGUUGAAAGAAUGACUGCAAUUUUGACUGAGCAUUUUGCCGGUAAAUGGCCGUUCUGGUUAUCGCCACGUCAAGUUUUGGUUGUACCAGUUGGUGUUAAGUAUCAAGGAUACGCUGAAGAUGUCCGUAACAAAUUGCACGAUGCAGGCUUCUAUGCUGAUGUUGAUUUGACCGGUAACACUCUACAAAAGAAGGUUAGAAAUGGGCAAAUGCUAAAAUACAACUUCAUCUUCAUUGUUGGUGAACAAGAAAUGAAUGAAAAAUCCGUCAACAUCAGAAACAGAGAUGUUAUGGAACAGCAAGGUAAGAAUGCCACUGUUUCUGUUGAAGAGGUUUUGAACCAGUUGCGUAACUUGAAAGAUGAAAAGAGAGGUGACAAUGUCUUAGCUUAA